AUGAGGAAGGAGAACCAGAGCACUGUGUUUGAGUUCCUCCUCCUGGGGCUUCCCAUCAGACCAGAGCAGCAGAUCGUCUUCUUCACCCUGUUCCUGGCCAUGUACCUGAUCACAGUGCUGGGGAACCUGCUCAUCACCCUGCUCAUCAGGCUGGACUCUCACCUCCACACCCCCAUGUACUUCUUCCUCAGCCACUUGGCCCUCACAGACAUCUCUUUCUCAUCAGUCACAGCUCCAAAGAUGCUUGUGAAUAUGCUGACACAUAGUCAGUCCAUCUCAUAUACUGGGUGCAUUUCCCAGGUGUAUUUUUUCACAGUUUUUGGAAACAUUGAUAGUUUUCUUCUGACCUCCAUGGCCUAUGACAGGUAUGUAGCCAUCUGUCAUCCACUGCAUUAUAUCACAGUCAUGAGGGAGGAGUUCUGUGUCUGCCUAGUUGCUGGGUCCUGGCUUGUUUCUUGUGUCCAUGCCCUGCUGCACACCCUCCUCUUGACCCAACGAAUCAUGAGGAUGGAGAACCAGAGCACUGUUUCCAACUUCCUCCUCCUGGGGCUUCCCAUCAGACCUGAACAGCAGAACGUCUUCUUCACCCUGUUCCUGGCCAUGUACCUGACAACUGUGCUGGGGAACCUGCUCAUCAUCCUGCUCAUCAGGCUGGACUCUCGCCUCCACACCCCCAUGUACUUCUUCCUCAGCUAUUUGGCCCUCACAGACAUCUCUUUCUCAUCAGUCACAGCUCCAAAUAUGCUUGUGAACAUGCUGACACACAGUCAGUCCAUCUCAUAUACUGGAUGCAUUUCCCAGGUGUAUUUUUUCACAGUUUUUGGAAGCAUUGAUAGCUUUCUUCUGACCUCCAUGGCCUAUGACAGGUAUGUGGCCAUCUGUCAUCCACUUCACUACAUCACGGUCAUGAGUGAGAAGGUCUGUGUCUGCCUUGUUGCUGGCUCCUGGUUUGUUGGGUGUAUUCAUGCCCUGCUGUAUACCCUCCUCUUGAUUCAACUGUCUUUCUGUGCCAGGAACACUGUCCCCAACUUCUUCUGUGAUCUCACUGCCCUCCUGAAGCUGAGCUGCUCAGACAUCUCCCUCAAUAAACUAGUCAUCUUCAUUGAGGGAGGAUUGCUUUUCGUCCUGUCUCUGAGUAUCAUCAUGGGCUCUUAUAUUCUCAUAGGAAGCACUGCCCUGAAGGCCCCAUCCACAAAGAGACUGAUUAAAACCUUUUCCACCUGUGGCUCCCACCUCCUUGUGGUGUCUUUGUACUAUGGGACACUUGCGGGUGAAUACUUUUUCUCUUCAUUCCAGAACUCCAGUGACAAAGACAUAAUUGCUUCUGUAAUUUACACAGUAGUCACACCCUUGCUGAACCCUUUCAUCUACAGCCUGAGGAACAGAGAUAUAAAACAGGCUCUAGAAGUAGUUUUUACUAGAAUCAACUGUUUUAAGUAA